AUGAAAUCUACCAUUCUUUUCUGUUCUUUCUUUCUUUCUUUCUUUCUUUCUUUCUUCUCUUCUAUGUUCUUUUUCUUUCUAUUUUCUUUCUUUUUUCUUUUCUUUCCUUUUUCAUUCUUUCCUUCCUUUCUUUUUUUUUCCUUCCUUUCUUUUUUUUUUUCCUUUCUUUCUUUUUCGCAUCUCUUCUCUUUCUUUCUUUUUUUUCUUUCUUUCUUUCUUUCUUUCUUUUUUAUCAUUCUUUCCUUCCUUUCUUUCUUUUUUUUGCAUCUACAGUCUUUGUUCUUUCUUUCUUUCUUUCUUUCUUUUUUAUCAUUCUUUCCUUCCUUUCUUUCUUUUUUUGCAUCUACAGUCUUUGUUCUUUCUUUCUUUCUUUCUUUCUUUCUUUCUUUCUUUCUUUCUUUCUUCUCAUCUCCGUUCUUUCUUUCUUUCUUAUUUUCGUUUUUUCUUUCUUUCUUCUCAUCUCCAUUCAUUCAUUUGUGGUGUUGA